UUUAAACAGUCCCUUUUCUGAGCCAAAAUGAAGAGCACUAGCGGUGAUUCAACCACAAUUAACAUUCCAGAGUCAAGAAAUAAGACGGUUGCUAAAGGAGAAACGCCAUAUGUGAGGAUACAAGCAGCUCAUCCCAUGCAUGAUCAAAAGGGAGGAUGGAAAAAGGGCAUUUCCAUUUUCGACUUCAUUCUCAGGCUUGGCGCUACCGCAGCUGCCCUAGGCGCUGCCAUUGCCAUGGGGUCUAGCGAGCAAACUCUUCCUUUCUUCACACAGUUCUUCCAAUUCCAGGCUAGUUAUGACGACUUGCCUACUUUCACGUUUUUCGUCAUAGGAAUGGGGAUAGUGGGCGCCUACCUAGUCCUCUCCCUGCCCUUCUCCAUUGUAACCAUUGUUCGUCCCCAUGCAGUUGCUCCAAGGCUUCUCUUGCUUAUUUUUGACACUCUGGCGCUUACGUUGAACACUUCUUGUGCUGCUUCUGCGGCUGCCAUAGUUUACUUGUCUCACAAUGGCAAUUCAGAUGCAAAUUGGCUUGCUAUCUGCCAACAAUUUGGUGAUUUCUGCCAGCAAUCCAGCGGGGCUGUGGUUUCAGCCUUCGUCGCAGUUGUUAUCUUUGUAAUCUUGAUUCUGAUGUCUGCUUCUGCACUCCGAAAAGUUUAACUUCAAUGGGGUCGCAUGUUUAAAUCUGUAAUAUUGAUGUUAUUUUUGGCUAUGAUCUUGUUGCCUUUCUUCAAAUUGUGGAGUUAUUUUGCGGAAGAGGAUCAAUCGAUUAUAUGA